AACUCGAGGCUCCCCCACGACGCCAGUGGAUCGUUGGACAGCGUGCCAGUGACAGAAAUGGAGGAAAUGACAAUCGUGUAGUGCGACGCCGUUAAUGCGUGGAUGCGUACACAGUGGAUAGUUCCAUGUUUUAAGACCCUAGUUUUGUUUUGAAAUUUCUUAAACGCAUCCGUGCCAACCGUGAGAGGGGUGAAAAGGGUUGCGCCAGUCGGUGUGUUUGUGGUGGAAUAAAAAGUGAACAGAAAAGAAAAACCACCGUGCGGCUCCAAGUGAUGCAGCAGCUUGAUCUCACGCAGCGAUGACGAUGAUCGAAAGUGAAUUGAAGCAAACGAAGUGAAGUGCAAACGGCAAACGCAAAAUCCAAUCAAAGCGCGCCUCGUAAUUGUGAUUGUUUGUGACUGGGAAACGAAGAAGAAUCGAAACACCGCCAGGUCAGUGGUGCAAAGCGGGAGAGAAGUGCGCAUCCCGCGAAGUGGUGCAUGAUUGAUCGCAGAUCGCAGUGCUGACCAGACGCAGUGGUGACGUUAAAGAAGAUGGGCUCCGACUCACGGACCCGAUCUCCGGUGCUUGUCGGUGUCUGCGGGAUUAGUCUGCUGAUGUUGAUGCUGCAGUGCUGCUGGCUGGUCCACGCGCAAGAUGUUACCGAGUUUCCAUCAAGCACCACCACCACCUCCUCCAGUGGCACCGGUGAGACGAGCACACUGGGCAACUCGAUUGAAAGCACGGAAGCGACCACCAUCACCAUCACCAGCACCACGAUCGUGCCAGACUCCAGUCUGGAGGUGUUACCGUUGACCGCGAAACCCAACACCCCGACGGAGCUCCCGGAAUCCCGGUUGGCACCGAGCCAGACCGAAGCUGACUCAUCGGCCACGUCGGAGGAAGUGUCCAGCAAGACGACAUCAUCGCCCGAACAACUGCUGGAGGUCAAGAGUAACGGCACCAUCAUCACCAGCACCACCACCACCACCACCGGUCAACCAGAGACCACCGCUGAUGAGCUGGCAUCAACGGUCAGCGAUCAGACAACCCAACCCCCAACAACAACAACAACGGCCGAGGCGACGACGACGAUCGUGCCCAUUGCCACGUCCAAACCGGUUCCCAUUCUGCACGUCAAAUCGGCGGAAGAGGAAGCAAACGAUCGAGACGGUACGAAUCCCCCCUCGAUACUGAACCACUUCCUACCGAGCGGUGAAAGCUCGUCCGAGGAGCUGCUCAAGAUGAGCGACGUACGUGUUGCGUCGGCGGAAGUGCCGCGUGGCCGUGCGAUUAGCUUUGGGCCCGCCGAACCGAUUAACUUCGUGACCGCACCCAACCUGGUCACCACGACACCGAAGCCCGAAACGAAAGAACCACCAGCGCCGUCCGCACCGUUCGAUGACCUCAGUAACAUUAGCAUGGAGUCCACGUCCGGUGAUGACGAUGAUGGCGUGAAUCGGCGCCCAGCAGACCACCAGACCGCCGAGCGUGGAACACCGGUCCGGAUGGUGCCGGGAGGUGAGGAUGGAACCGCGGUCACACCGAGUGGCGACGGUGGCGAAUGCAUCUUCAAUGGCAUCGAAUACAAGGCGAACGCCACGGUAGACAAGGGUUGCGACGAGCGGUGUCACUGCGAGGAGGACGGUAAAUGGCGCUGUGAACCCCGCUGUGGCCGACCGUUCGUGAAGCGUGGCAAGACGGUGGUGAUGGGAGCCGGUUGCUACGAAGCGCCCUCGAAGACGGACGAAUGCUGUGCCACGCUCAUCUGCCCCUCGGAGCGCCUCAUGGCCGAUGGAACUGGUGAACCAACCAACAGUCCAUUUUCCGAGGAAUCGACGACGACGACGACAACAGCGAAAGCGAUCGUCACGGGCUGCAUCUACCGGAACCACUCGUACGGUGUGAACGAACGGUUGGAGGUGGGCUGUGACCAGAUCUGUACCUGUACGGGCGAAGGGGAGAUGGAGUGUGUGGCCCGGUGUGCACCGCUGAACGCGACCCGCUCGGAACAGUGCGUAGUGCUGGUGGAUCCUCACGAUCCCUGCUGCCAGCGUGAGUUCUGUGACGUCACGCUGGAUGAUCAUGAGCAGAGCAGUGGCGUAAUGAUGAUGAUGGCACCGGCCGCCUCUUCUUCGUCACCUUCGACAACGCAAGCACCGGACAUCGGGGCCAGUUCUUCGGCUCCACCCGGGGUUGCCGGAGAUUGUGUGUUCAAGGGUCGCAGUUACCGGUUGAACGAUAAGGUACACGAUGAGUGUAACGCACUGUGUCUCUGUACCGAGGCCGGUAUGCACUGUGCCAAGAUCGAGUGCCCAUCGGAGUUCGGGCUGGACGUGCUGGAUCCACACUGUCUCAAGUGGGGCCCAGAACCGGCCACCUUCCGGGCGAUCGCACCCCGGUGCUGCCCGGAGCGGAUGCGCUGCAUCGAUAAUGGGACGUGCGAGUACAAGGGUCAGUUCUUCGACAACUGGUCCGACAUUCCGAGUAAUCUGACCGGCUGCGAACAGCACUGCUACUGCGAUACCGGUAUCGUCGAGUGCCGACCGGCCUGCCCACCGGUACCGACAGCUCCGCCAUCCCAUCUACCGUGCAGCUCACGGAACGCACGCCUGAUGCCGAUUCCGGGUGAGGAAUGCUGCAAACACUGGACCUGUAUGCCCGGUGCCGGUGAUAAUGGACUCGCCAGUGGGAACGACGUACUGAAACCAUUGCUCAUGCCGGACACAAUAGACCAAUUCCUUCCGGCCAAGCCAUCGAAGGCUGACGCAAAACCGACGACCGCGCCGCAUGACAAACACGGCGGUGACUCGGGGGCCCCCGCCCCUCUUCCCUUCUACCCCACGAUCGAUGGCAAACUGCCACCGAAGGUGCCACAACCGGAGAAACCGACGUCGCACAAGAAGUACUCCUCGAACGCCAAGGAAGAAUCGGCCAAAAAGGGGGACCAUUUCAAUGCCAUCUUCGGUGGUGGCAGUGCCCAGCACGUACCGGACGAUGGUCCCUCGCACCCGAUUGGCCCCGAUGAGGGCAAGUACGAUUACGCUAGCUACGAGGAAGGGGCCAUGAAACCGCAUGCCACGCUCGGUGUCCAGCGUCCCGGACCACCGGGCUACUAUGGACCGGAACUGAAACCACAUUACGAACCCAGCGGCGGUGAUUUCAAUCCGUACCUCCACCAUCCACUGGUGAGCGGCGCCGGUGCUGUUGGUGGGGGUCAACAUGGCGCCCCUCCGAUCGAUAAGCAACAUCAGCAACUGCUGAACGUGCUCGGACCGAACGGACCGGGCAGUUUGCCACCGAACAUACGGAUCGAACAGCUGCUGCAGCACAUCCAAAGCACACAGGAUGCAGCGCAAGGACCACCGAUACUGCACACCGGUCCGGGGCACAUACCGAACCAUCCUGCCUAUCAGCAGCAUCCACAAAUGGCACCGGCACCCCCACCACCGACGACGGGCAAUGGCAUCAACUACAACCAGUACGGUACGGAUCCGCAUCAUCAGCAUCCCUCAUCCCACCUAGACGUUGGCAUCGUUUCGCACGCCCAACACCCACCGCCACUAGCACCACCACCACCACCAUCGACAGGAGCUGGAGGACCACCGCCCGGUCUAGGGUUCCCGCAGUUGCAGCUCGAUCUGAAGGUGCUGGCCCUGGACGCGAUCGAUCCGAACACGGUCCGCGUGAUCUUCCUCGUGCCCCAGGUGUACGUCGGGUUGCAUGGCCGGGUGGAGCUACGGUACACGCGGACACGCAACAACGAUACGGCCACCUGGCAGUCGCAGGUGUUUGCCCCACCGGACGAUCUGAUAGCGACCCCGCAGCUGGAGUUUGAGCUGCCCGGUCUCAACGCGAACACGGAGUACCGGGUGAAGAUAACGCUUAUCCUACGCGACGUUAACUCGCAACCCUCUAGUCAGGUGUACACCGUCCGGACGCCCUCGGAUCGUGUCAUCACACCACCGUCACCAAUCGGUAUCGGACCGGGCACCGGCCAUUUCCCGCACAUGAGCCACCCGACCAACUUCCUGAAGGAGAUCAUCCAAGAUCCGGAACUGCGCGCCUCCGAGGUGAACUCGACGUGGGCCCGCAUUAGCUGGCGCAAGCUGGACGACGAGGAGCUGGACUAUGUGGACGGUAUUCAGCUGCGGUACCGGGAGCUGGAUGGUAAGGUGUACGACGCUACGCCCCUCAUUCACCGGGCGCUCAGCGAGUACACGGUGGAGAACCUGAAGCCACAGACUCGGUACGAGGUUGGCAUCUUCUUCAUUCCCUUCCCGGGCCACGGGGAGGAGGUUCGGGCGGGCGAGAUGCUACAGAUCAGCACGGCGCCACGGAUCGACGUGUACGGGUUCGAGGUGGUGGUGAACGCCACGAAAAUCAAGGCCACCAGCGUGGAGGUCAGCUGGUCCGGUGUACCGUAUCCGGAGGACAAGUACAUCAACAUCUAUCGUGCAAUCUAUCAAAGUGAUAGCGGAAAGGAAGACUAUAGUGUGUUCAAAGUAGCGAAACGAGACUCGACGACGGGUACGCUCAUCAUGGACCUGAAACCGGGCACCCGGUACCGGCUGUGGCUCGAGAUGUACCUCACGAACGGUAGCAUCAAGAAGAGCAACGUGGUCAACUUCAUCACCAAACCGGGCGGACCAGCCGUUCCGGGCAAAACAGAUAAACUAGCCGCUGCAGGAGCAGCCGGCAGCGUAAACGGUGACUACUAUGGUCCACUAGUGGUCGUUGCGGUCAUCGCCGCCUUGGCCGUCAUGUCCACGCUGAUACUGCUGCUCAUACUGACGAGGCGAAGGGUACAGAGUGCCACCAUUACGCCGCCCCGCAAAAACGAUGCCUCGUACGACAAUCCGAGCUACAAGGUCGAAAUCCAGCAGGAAACGAUGAAUUUAUGAUUCGAGUCCAUUUCGCUUUGAGGAUUUUGCCGGAGGCCAUCCCUGAACCGUCGUCACAUCCGGCACGCCACAUAUUUAUUUGUGUUCCCCCGCAGGAGCGGCCAACAGCUGCAGUUGGCAUCGUGUACAUAGUAAAUCCGUCCGUAUGCUGGCGCCGCCGUAUCUUCCUUUUUUUUUUUU